CGUCAUCACGCCCGCGCUCGGCUUCUCGCUCGGGUGUUAGUGGCGCCGGCUUCACCUCGGCAGUCGUGACUGGGGGCUUUCUGGUGACCCCCGGCCCAGCGCCUGCCGCCCAGUGGUCCUGUCGUUGGUCGUCAGCAAGCAAGCACGGCCGCUCUCCCGCGGGGAGGACCUCGCAGAGUCAUGUCCAGGCCGAGCGGCGUUUCCCCGCGGCCGCCGGCUCCGAGCGCUGGCGGCGACGGGGGCGUCCCCACUCUGUGUGGCCCUGGGGGCGGAGGCCGGGCCAAGGGGCUGAAGGACGUUCGUAUAGAUGAGGAGGUGAAGAUCGCAGUUAGUAUCGCUCUGGAGCGCUUCCGAUAUGGGGAUGAGAGAGAAAUGGAAUUUCCGUCUUCAUUUACCAGUACUGAAAGAGCCUUUAUUCAUCGAUUGAGUCAGUCUCUUGGUUUGAUCUCUAAAAGUAAAGGAAAGGGAGCAAAUAGAUACCUAACUGUGAAGAAGAAAGAUGGAUCAGAAACAGUUCAUGCACUGAUGACCUGUAAUUUGACUCAUAAUACAAAACAUGCUAUUAGGAGCCUAAUUCAAAGAUAUCCCAUCAUCAGUAAAGAGCGUACUCAACUUCUGCCUAAAACAGAAAGAAGAAAUGUGUUUGCAGUUGAAGCUGAAAACCGGGAAGUGAGCAAGACAAGUGGGCGACUCAACAAUGGCAUACCUCAGAUUCCAGUGAAAAGAGGGGAAUCCGAAUUUGAUUCUUUCAGACAGUCUCUGCCAGUGUUUGAGAAACAAGAAGAAAUUGUUAAAAUAAUUAAGGGAAAUAAAGUAGUUUUAAUUGUAGGAGAAACUGGGUCUGGAAAGACUACACAGAUUCCUCAGUUCCUUUUAGAUGAUUGCUUUGAAAAUGGUAUACCCUGCCGUAUAUUUUGUACUCAACCAAGACGACUAGCAGCUAUUGCUGUGGCCGAAAGAGUUGCUGCAGAGAGGAAAGAAAAGGUUGGGCAAACAAUUGGUUACCAGAUCUGAUUAGAAAGCAGGGUUUCUCCAAAGACACUUCUGACAUUUUGCACUAAUGGGGUAUUGCUUCGUACAUUGAUGGCAGGAGACAGUACAUUGUCAACUGUGACACAUGUUAUUAUGGAUGAAGUACAUGAAAGGGAUCGAUUUAGCGAUGUUUUACUUACAAAGUUAAGAGAUUUGUUGCAAAAGCACCCAACUUUGAAACUAAUUCUUUCUAGUGCUGCGUUGGAUAUAAAUCUUUUUAUAAGAUAUUUUGGAAGUUGUCCAGUAAUAUAUAUACAGGGAAUACCCUUUGAAGUAAAAGAAAUGUUUCUGGAAGACAUUUUAAGAACUACUGGAUACACAAACAAAGAAAUGUUAAAAUACAAAAAGGAAAAACAGAGAGAAGAGAAACAACAAACCACGCUUACGGAAUGGUAUUCAGCUCAAGAGAAUACUUUCAAGCCUGAGUCUCAAAGGCAGAGAACUGUUCCAAGUGUGACUGCAGAGUAUGAUUUAUUAGAUGAUGGCGGUGAUGCUGUCUUCAGUCAGCUGACAGAAAAAGAUGUGAACUGCCUUGAACCAUGGUUAAUAAAGGAAAUGGAUGCUUGUCUUUCUGACAUAUGGCUACAUAAAGAUGUUGAUGCCUUUGCUCAGGUCUUCCACCUUAUUUUAACUGAAAAUGUUAGUGUUGAUUACAGACAUAGUGAAACCAGUGCAACAGCUCUGAUGGUUGCUGCAGGACGAGGUUUUUCAAGUCAAGUAGAGCAGUUAAUUAGUAUGGGAGCCAAUGUCCACAGUAAAGCAUCAAAUGGCUGGAUGGCUUUAGAUUGGGCUAAACACUUUGGGCAGACUGAAGUUGUGGAUCUUUUGGAAUCUUACAGAUUCAUUGAAGAAAAAUCCUUUGAUGCACUGAACUUGGUUACAAUGUUAAAAAUGGUGUGGAUUUCCAAAGCUAGUGCCAUACAGCGAAAAGGCAGGGCAGGGCGAUGCAGACCUGGAAUUUGUUUCCGGCUGUUCAGUAGACUCUGAUUUCAGAAUAUGUUGGAAUAUCAGACUCCAGAACUUUUGAGAAUGCCAUUACAGGAACUUUGUUUACAUACCAAACUGUUAGCUCCAGUUAAUUGUCCUAUUGCUGAUUUCCUUAUGAAAGCUCCUGAACCUCCACCAGCUUUAAUUGUAAGAAAUGCUGUACAAAUGCUUAAGAAAAUAGAUGCAAUGGAUGCAUGGGAAGAUCUCACUGAACUCGGGUAUCAUUUGGCUGACUUGCCAGUAGAACCACAUCUUGGUAAAAUGGUGCUGUGUGCUAUUGUUUUAAAGUGUCUGGACCCCAUCCUUACAAUUGCCUGCACACUAGCCUAUCGAGAUCCUUUUGUACUGCCAGCACAGGCCUCUCAAAAAUGUGCAGCUAUGCUUUGUAGGAAACGAUUCACUGCAGGAACUUUCAGUGACCAUAUGGCACUUCUAAGAGCAUUUCAAGCAUGGCAGAAAGCACGAAGUGAUGGAUGGGAGCGAGCCUUUUGUGAAAAGAACUUUCUUUCACAAGCUACCAUGGAAAUAAUCAUAGGCAUGAGAACUCACUUGCUUGGUCAACUUAGAGCAUCAGGUUUUGUUAGAGCACGAGGUGGUGGUAACAUUCGAGAUGUUAACACAAAUUCUGAGAACUGGGCUGUUGUUAAAGCUGCAUUGGUUGCAGGCAUGUAUCCUAAUUUAAUCCACGUGGACAGAGAUAAUGUAGUAUUGACAGGGCCAAAGGAGAAGAAAGUACGGUUUCAUCCCACUUCAGUUCUCAGUCAGCCACAGUACAAAAAGAUACCUCCAGCCAAUGGUCAAGCUGCAGCAAUUCAGGCACUACCUACAGAUUGGCUUAUUUAUGACGAAAUGACCAGAGCCCACAGAAUAGCUAAUAUUUGAUGUUGUUCAGCAGUGACACCUGUCACUGUCUUGGUAUUUGGUGGACCAGCUAGGUUGGCGAGUAAUGCUCUUCAGGAACCUUCAUCCUUUCGAGGCAUUCUCUUACAGGGCUCAAAAUCUCCUUCACCAAGACCAAACAUGCCUAUUCGAUACUUCAUAAUGAAGAGUAGCAAUCUGAGAAACCUUGAAAUUUCUCAACAGAAGGGUAUCUGGUCUACAACCCCUAAUAAUGAACGGAAGCUAAAUCGAGCCUUUUCGGAAAGCAGCAUGGUUUACUUGGUAUUUUCUGUUCAAGGAUCUGGACAUUUUCAGGGAUUUUCUAGGAUUUCUUCUGAGAUAGGAAAGGAGAAGAGCCAGGACUGGGGCUCUGCUGGACUAGGAGGAGUGUUUAAGGUGGAGUGGAUACAAAAAGAAAGUCUUCCUUUUCAGUUUACACACCAUUUACUCAAUCCUUGGAAUGACAACAAGAAAGUCCAGAUCAGCAGAGACGGGCAGGAGCUGGAACCUCAGGUUGGUGAACAGUUGCUCCAGUUAUGGGAACGCCUUCCACUGGGAGAAAAAAGCACAACUGAUUGACACUCAGAACUCUUAGCUAUGGAAGACCAUCAUACUUAUAACCGCUGAGAGCACUGACUUUCAAAAACUGAGAUGGGGUUGUGUGUUAUGAAAGGUCUUUCAAAUACCCAGAAACACCACAAUUCUAAAUGCCUCUUUAUUUUUCUAGUACUUUUUAUCCCAUAUCUGUUUGGGGGUAUGAUUUCACUUUUUUUUUUGCACUUCUAGUUUAAUAAAUGAGGAGGAAUUUAUUGUGAACCCAUGUUAGUGCCAAUUUCUUUGCAUCUCAAAAGUAUUUGAUCUUUUUACCAUCAUUGUCUGUAAAGUUUCCUUAGAGUAUUUUUUAAGGGAAAUAGAAGUACAGGGAAAAAUGAGAAACAUAUCUUGGUUACUGAGUUCUAAAUAGAACAGGUUUUUGAUAGCACUUUUUAUGAUUUAUUUGGGUCAUUGCUAUGUAACAGAAAACCAACAUAAGUCUAAUUCAAAGGCAAAAAGAAAAGACUAAGUCACUAUUUCUGUGUUGAAGAACAAAGGAGUAAAAAUCAUGGGUCUACAUAAAAUCUUGAGAUCCCUUCUACUUUCUCUUGGAAAGCAUUAUGUGUUGGUGCAUUAGCUUAGAACAUCAGCCAUGAUUUUUGCUUGAAUUUGUAGUUAUUGUGUGUUUUUUUUUGGUUUGUUUUAUACCUUGAGACAUGCCUUUAAAUUGUGCCUAUGUGAGUUAUGUUCCACUGUAUGUGUAUUACAGCUCUUCUCCGGUUAGAGCCACUUGUGUUUUUCUGAUGAUACAUACAUUUUGUUUAGGUGUAUAUUUAGCAGUUUACAGUUACUAAAUUUGGAAGAACUUUCAAAAGAUAAAACUUGUUUUAAUUUUCAUCUGUUUUCUAAUAUAUAGCCCUGUAUGUAAAUGAUGAACUUGUUAAUAUUUAAAGUGAACACACUUUGAUUAUAAUUAAAAUUCUGUUUUUGGAAGAGAUGAACUUUAUCGAAUUCUGUUCAAUUAUUUAGAUCUUGUUAUUUCUGAUACUGUGUAAUAGGUCUAAGGUAACCGUGACCAGUGUAUCCCUUGAGAUAUUAAUGAAUUUCAAAUGCCUUGAAGAAUAUGAAAUUGAUGUAAAAGGUGAGUUUCAUCAGUAUCUCUUCCUUGAAAAAAUUUACCUUGUUAUGAUAGGGAAAUGGAAAAAAAUCUCAACAUGUGUUUAAAAGAGCCAAUCUUCUGCAUGUUAAUAAAAUGCGCAGCUACCCACCUUCCGUUCCCAGUUCAGACCCUGCAUUCUGGUGACAUGCCGUGUGUCUGCCGAACAGCCCAGCCUCACUCCACCGUUGUAGCAAAGAAGUCAGCGAGGAAGGAAUAUCUCAAAUAAGUACUUUAAGAAAAGACAGAUUCAUUUAACAAUGACUCAGUCACCAUUUAGAAUCUUAUAUUCUGGAAUAGAGACAGUCUUGAGGAAUAAGUCAAGGAUGCUUCAUCCCUGAAUCAACACUAGGGCAAAAAUACUUCAAUUGAACAUGUACCUCAACUGAUCACACGUUGUAGUCAGAGUGAGCUUCCCGGAGCGCUCAUCCCCGCGGUGCCCCAGCACUCUGCACCGUUCCUCUCUACUCAGAGGACCACGCAUUACAGUUAUAGGUCCAAGACUCUCAGAUGCACCUUGGUCCUUCCAGCCAAGUGUGAAAUUCCCUAUGGCUGUGUAAUAGCAUCUCAGACUGUGUAUUCAGUAUUGAACUACUAUUCUUUCCCUGCAGCCUGUUCCACCUAAAGCUGCCCUCUUCAGGUCCAUUCUUUUGUUUGCUCAGGCCAGAAAACAGUCACCCUUGAUGCCUUUAUUUCUCUCGGUCCAAUCCAUCAGAAAAUUUUCUAGGGUCUACUUUCAAAAUAUACCUGGACUUUGUUUCCCUCCGCACCUGUCACAAGCACUUCGGACUGAGCCACCAUCAUUUUUAUCUGAGUUACUGAGACAGCCUCCUGAGAACCCCUCUUCUGCCUCCCCCACCUCUGCCACCAAUCUGUUUUCAACACAGAGAUCAGUGAACAUUUAAACACAUGAAAUCAGCUCAUAUCACUCUUGCUCAAAACUCUCCAACAGCUCCCAUUUCACCCAAAAGCCAAAGUUCUUAUAAUUGCAUAAAAGCCUUCCAAGAUCUGGUCUCCCGUUGUAUCUCUGACCUUCUCUCCUGUCCUCUCCGAUACUCACUCCACUUUUUCUAUGUUGACUUCCUCACUAUUCCUUCAAUACACCAGGCAUGUUACAGCCUUGUUAUAGCUGUUCAGUGUGCCUGGAAUGCCCUUU